CCUUGUUAACUCUAAUGACAUAACUUGGCUCCGAUUGGCCAGUGCUAGACAUGUGACGUCCUCGGGCAGAGUUUGGUCUUGGGUAGUUUCUGAAAACUGUUACUUUGUUGCGCUGGUAAGGAACCUCUCCAACAGACAUGUUUCUGUACCUCCUUGGACUGGUGGUGUUUUACUACCUGUACCGCUGGUUCCGGGAGAUCCCCAGAGUCCCAGACAAAGGAGACAAAUAUGUCUACAUCACGGGGUGUGACUCUGGUUUCGGCAACCUACUGGCCAGACAUCUGGACGAGCUGGGUUUCUGUGUGAUCGCAUCCUGCUUCACAGAGAAGGGAGAGGAAGAUCUGAGGAAGGCCUGUUCAGGCAGAUUCACCACCCUCCACCUGGAUGUCAAAAAGAACGAGAGCGUCGACAAAGCAGCCACUUUGAUUAAAGACAAAGUUGGGGCUAGGGGCCUAUGGGCUGUGGUGAACAAUGCAGGUGUGGCCAUCCCCUCGGCCCCCUGUGAUUGGCUGACCAUUGAUGACUACAAGUCCAUGCUGGACGUGAACCUGAACGGGGUCAUCGCAGUCACCCUGAGUGUGCUGCCCCUCAUCAAGAAGGCCAGGGGUCGCGUGGUCAACGUAGCCAGUGUGUUCGGCAGGAUCAGUCCAGUCGGAGGACCUUACACUGUGUCUAAGUAUGGAGUGGAGGCCUUCAAUGACAGUCUCAGGAGAAACAUGGUACCUUUCGGAGUCAAAGUCCUCUGCAUUGAGCCAGGCUUUUUCAAGACCACCGUGACUGACUCGAUAGUCCUGGGGAAAAGCAUCAAGCAGCUGUGGGAGAAGAUGCCACAAGAAGUCAGAGAUGAUUAUGGACCUGAUUAUUUGGACAAGGUGGACGUGAUGAUGAGGGAGAAGCUUGCCAAGAUGUCCGACGCCGACCUGAUGAAGGUGGUGAGCUGUAUGGAGCACGCUGUCGCUGCAGUCCGUCCUCGCACCCGCUACUCGCCAGGGUGGGACGCCAAGCUCUUCUGGAUCCCUAUGUCCUACAUGCCAACCGGGUUCGUUGACUGGCUACUGCUCAAGGAAGCCAUCCUACCAGCCAAGGCUGUCAACUAAGGCUGAUUCAAGAUUGUCAGUGUUUAUGCUGUCAGAACAAAUACUUGAUUGUGCUGUGCUACUGAUUGUCUUUAAUGAAUAUAACACUUUUGUACCGUACGGUCUGCAGGGCGAAAUACAGUAUGAUGUAUGCUUUGCUAGACAUUGUUUAACCUCUGACCUGUAACAAAAAAAUUAAAGCCAUAAUUGAUA